GGGAGAGCUGGUCUAAGGUCCAGGGCACGGAGGGACCGCGGGAUGGGAGGGGAGGGACACGGAGGGACCAGGGGACGAGAAGAUACUGGAGGUGUGAGCGUCCGGCGGGACGAUUGGGGCCAGGACGCGGGACAAACAUGGAUCAGGUAAUGCAGUUUGUCGAGCCAAGUCGGCAGUUUGUAAAGGACUCGAUUCGGCUGGUUAAAAGAUGCACCAAACCUGAUAGAAAAGAAUUCCAGAAGAUCGCCAUGGCCACAGCGAUUGGAUUCGCUAUCAUGGGGUUCAUCGGCUUCUUUGUGAAACUGAUCCACAUCCCUAUUAAUAACAUUAUUGUGGGUGGCUGAGUCUUUGCUCAUCGUGGGACUGGUGAACCAAUGAGGGGGUGACAAGCUCAUGAAGUAAAAGUUGCCUGGAUGCUUUGUGGUUUUUGUUUCUUUCCUCCUAACUAUGACUUUUCUAUUUCUAAAUUAAAAUAAUUUCAAAAUAAA